AUUGUUACAUGGAAAGAAUAAGCCUUAUGUCUCCCUAGGACCUGCCCUCAAGUAGGGUUAUUGAGUAAGCAAAGUCAUAAUUGAUGAAAAUAUAUUAGGAAAAAGGAACAACAAGCAUGAGUGGCAGCAUCUGAACAAAAAGGGCGUAUCUUUUUUCCCGCCUCCCCACUCGUCUCCUCUAACUGGCCGACCUGUGGGGUUGACGUCCGCCCCCUUCCUGCCGGGCGGGUGCCAUCCGUCCGUCUCUCGGGCCACGGCCAAUGUCAGACGGCGCCGUGCCGAGCCGGUGCCAGCCACGACUCGGCGUCUCGUCCCGCCGCGACCCGGCACGACACCGGGCCGAGUCACGCGUGCCGUCCGCCGCCGCGCCGCCGCCGCGACCACUGCCGCCGUGGCCCCGGCCGCUGCCUGCCAGCCUCUGGCAUCGCCCCCCUAAAAAUAGCGACCAAGCGCCGUGCCAAGCUCUCCGACAAAGUAGUGCCAAGGCUAGCUGGGCGGAGGUGCUGGGUCCGUGCGUCGCCGAGUCGACCCAGUUGUGGCACCACAGCGAUGCACUGCAGUGCUGGAGAGGCCAGCUGCAAUACUGUGUGACCUGGCGCGUGACCUGGGGGCCGCUGCCGCCUGUCCUGCGCGCUGAGCGCUGCAGCGGCGCGCCGCCAGCUCUCAGCUCAGUUGGAGGGACGGCGCGGUGGGCAGAACUCACCGCGUGACCACCAGGGCGACCAGAAUAGCGUCCGGCGCUGCCGCCUGGGAGCGGCCUCCAGUCAUCUGCGGUCGCCUCCGGCGGGAGGGUGGCGCUACCCGCUGAGGUCGGCGUGACCUGAAGUGACACCAAUGUUUACCAGGAGUGACGAGGUGACGUGACGAGUGAGUGUUGACGGAUCGUUCGAGUGAGGUCUGAUUGCAUUGCAAACAUUCUGAAGGUUUUGUUUAGCGUCAGCUCAGAGUGUUAAGGUGCGCCGGUGCCGGCGCCGCGGUGUCUGCUCGUCUCGUCUGGCCUCGUGUCUGCCUGCUGCCACCAUGUCCUCGGUACCGGAGGGGCGCCGCGGCAGCCGGGUGGAGGUGUGCCCGCUGUCACUGCAGCAGAUCGGCCAGAAGUUCUGGCUGCAGACGCUGCGCGGCUGGCUGCGGCUGACGCCGGAGCCGGCCGGCCUGUGGCAGCUGCAGCGCUACCUGGCGCAGCUGCCGGCCGCGCUGCGCGCCGAGAUGCUGCACACGGCGCUGGCGCCGGCCGACACCCGCGACCAGCUGACCAACACGGCGCUGGCGCUGCUCAGCGCAGAGGUGGUGGUGCACCGCGCCGUCUACCUCAGCUUCCCGCGGCCGGGACAGCCGCCGGCGGCCGACCUGCGCCUGGUGCUGCGCCACGGCGAUGGCUUACGCCACCUCACCGUCUACGUGCCCGAGGACGGCGCCGAGACGCGCCGGCUGCUGCGCGAGCUGACGCUGACCUGCGGCCGGCUGCGGCGGCUGCAGCUGCUGGGCGCCACCGACGCGCUGCUCAAGGUGGUCAGCUGGCAGUGUCCGCUGCUGCAGGAGCUGGAUGUCAGCGGCUGCUCCGGAGUCACCGACCAGGGCCUGCGCCACCUGGCCGUGGCGGCGGCGCGCCGCGAGCAGCCGCAGCCGCCGCCGCUGCGCCGGCUCGGCCUGCAGAAGACGGAGGUGAGCGUGGACGGCGUGCUGGAGCUGCUGGAGACGCUGCCGCUGCUCGAGUCGGUGGCCUGCUCGCAGACGGUGGCCUUGCUCGAGCAGCUGGACGUGCCCGCCACGUUCGGUCUGCGCGAGCUGCCCGAGUUUCAGGCGACCGGAGCACACCUGCGCAACUUCGCCGCGCUCUGUCCGCACCUGAGCUCUGUGACGCUGGUGUUCCAGGAGGCGGGCGUGUCGCUGCAGGACCUGGCGCUGCUGCCGCACCUGCAGCACCUGACUUUCCGCUGCAAGGAGCCCUACUUGCUGACGCAGCAGGAGCUGGGCGCCACGCUGUGGCGGCUCGGUCACCAGCUGCGCACGCUCGCCAUCUCGGGAGACGUGUACGAGACUAUUGACGUGGCCCAGGUGGCCGUCUACUGUCCGGGCCUAGAGGUGCUCAAGCUGCCCAGUCUGACGCUGUCCGACGGCGAGGCGGCGCGCGCGCUGACGGCCGGCCGCGGCCCGCUGCUCGACCGGCUGCACACGUUCGAGUACGACUGUCUGUCGGGAGUGACGGCCAGCUGGGGGCGCGACGUGGCGGCGGAGGCGGCCGCGCUGCGCGCCCUGCUGCGCCGCGCCGGCCGACUCACCACCGUCCGCUGCCGGCCCUUCCCGCUCGUCGACGACGACCUCGAGACCAUCCUCGAGCACAACCCACUCGCAGAGCUGGAGGUGCUGGAGAUCGGGCCCGCCCAGCUGGGGCUGCGCGGCGCCAGCACUCUGCUGCGCCGCUGUCCCUCGCUCUGCCGGCUCGGCAGGGUCAAGACGUGGCACGGUAUCGGCCUGCUGGACAUCGUGGCGCUACGCUCGCUGGCGCGGGCCCUCAGCCGCGCCAACCAGGUGCGCAUUCUCUGACGGCGCGCCUCGGCCGCGCCCGGGGUCCAACUGGCCGCGCAGACAGCUGCCGAGAGACUGUGUUCGCAGGGCGCCGCGCUGCGUGCUGCGUCUGUGGCGUAUUGUCGGUGCAGUCAUGUGCAAGACUCAUUUGAAUCACACAUGUACUCUGUUGACCUCGAAUCGUGAGCCUGUACUCGCUGACCAUGCGUGACAUGUUUGCGAGGACAACCGUGAUAGUGCCAGUUAACUGGCGCGAUUGUUUCGUGGCAGUUAUCGGGACAUUGAAGAGGAUGUCCAGGAUAAGCACCGGGUUCGUGAUUUGCGGCACGAAGCCGGAAGUGAGCCUAACGACAUGACAUUGGAAAUGACCGGUUUGGCUGUCGGCCAAAUGCAGUGCUCAGAGCGUGUCUGUGAUACCGGCGCCUGAACCAUGUGUGUCGGUAACGAUCACCUCAGAGCUGACGUGGGCAGGAAUCAGGAUGAUAAACUACAGAGAUCCCA